AUGACUGUGGUCUGGCAGCUCAAGAGAGCCAAGGGAGAGAAGGUCAAAUACGAGGUGGCGGAUUUGACCAGUGUGUAUGACGAGGCGGACGAGGAACUCUCGGAUGCACCCGGCAAGCUGUGCUGCAGUAUGAUGCAACUUUUAGAGGAAGAACCACUACAUGCCUUUGAGAUCGCUGACGUCCCUACAGAGUCAGAAUACAUGGAAGUCAGAUACUCUGUGUUUGGAACCAACACCUCUAGCCUGCAAAGGACCCUGCUAGCUGGACAUCAAGAGCUCAUAGCUGAGCAGCCAGCCAGUGAGUUGGUGGAAGCGAUGGCGUUGCAUAGCGACCUUGUCACCGAGGUCAAAGACCCGCCUCCUCCACCUCUCACUGUCAUGUCCUUCAGCCUGAAGACUUCUAGUCUGACUGGGGCUCUGACUGGGGCUCUGACUGGAGCCCUGACUGGAGGCCUGACUGGAGGCCUGACUGGAGGCCUGACUGGAGGCCUGACUGGAGGCCUGACUGGAGCCCUGACUGGAGGCCUGACUGGAGGCCUGACUGGAGGCCUGACUGGAGGCCUGACUGGAGCUCUGACUGGGGCUCUGACUGGGGCUCUGAUUGGAGCCCUGAAUGGAGGCCUGACUGGAGCCCUGACUGGAGACCUGACUGGAGCCCUGACUGGAGCCCUGACUGGAGGCCUGACUGGAGGCCUGACUGGAGGCCUGACUGGAGCCCUGACUGGAGCCCUGACUGGAGCCCUGACUGGAGCCCUGACUGGAGGCCUGACUGGAGGCCUGACUGGAGGCCUGACUGGAGGCCUGACUGGGGCUCUGACUGGGGCUCUGACUGGGGCUCUGAUUGGAGCCCUGAAUGGGGCUCUGAUUGGAGCCCUGAAUGGGGCUCUGACUGGGGUGUGCGUCUGUCACUACUACCCGUGUUCCACCCUGCCCACCCAGCGUGUGAGUUCCCCUCUAACCGGAGGAGGAGGUGGAGGGUCUGGUUCUCCCAGCAAGCUCCAGCGCCUGGGUCCAGCCUCAGACAAACCAGGCUACGCUACCACACAGCGCCUACCUUCUUCCUCCUCAUCAUCCUCACCCAACAAACAGUCCCCCGCCAACCGACUCGCCAAGUCUUACAGCACCUCUGUUUCCGUGACGACGACAGGAGGCACCGUGUCUCCUCCGAACGCCAUAGCAUCAGUUGCCGGAGGAGGGGCUACCGCGUCAUCAUCCCCCCUGCACCAGAUGAGUUCGGGCAUAGGGAGCUACGCUACUCUGUCUCCUAAAAGACUGGCUGCUCACCACGCCUCCGACCAGUACAAGAUAUCACACGAGCUCUAUGCUACUGCUACGCUCCAGAGGCCCGGUUGCAGGGGUUCAUACAGUAGUCAGCAUAGCCACUGUGGUCCAGACCUGCGUCCCCUAGGAUCCUCUGACCACCAAAUAGAGCCACCCUACGAGGACAGAGUCAACCUCUAUCACAAAGGACCUAUGAGGGGACUGGGUAACAAUACUGGUAAGACUACCUCUCCUCUCCUCUCCCCCACCAUAAACCUGAUUCAACAGGUCAGUGAUCAGGGGAUGAACUAUGUCUUGUAUCCCUAUUUCCCCCUUGCAGCCCCAUCGUCCCCCGGUGUCGACUCCGCCUCUUUGCAGCGAGCAGGCAGCCACAGCGCCGGAGGAAGCAGCCACAGCGCCGGGGGAAGCUACGGUCGUGGGGGUGCCAAUAACUAUGCUACAGUGGGCCCAGGAUAUACAGCAGAGGCCUAUGCUACAGACCCCUACACUGCAGACCCCUACCGUACACUGCAGUACUGCCCAUCUGUAGAGUCUCCAUACAGCAAGUCUGGACCAGCCCUGCCACCUGAGGGCACGCUUGCACGAUCACCAUCUAUAGACUCCAUACAGAAAGACCCAAGGGAGUUUGGAUGGAGGGAUCCAGAGUUACCUGAGGUGAUUCAGAUGCUACAGCACCAGUUCCCUUCAGUGCAGUCCAAUGCUGCAGCCUACCUCCAACACCUCUGCUUCGGAGACAACAAGAUCAAAUCAGAGAUUCGUCGUCAAGGUGGGAUCCAGCUGCUGGUAGACUUGUUGGACCACCGUAUGAGUGAGGUCCACCGCAGUGCCUGUGGAGCCCUGAGGAACCUGGUCUACGGCAAGGCCAACGACGACAACAAGAUCACCCUGAAGAACUGUGGGGGCAUACCUGCCCUGGUCCGCCUGCUACGCAAGACUGGAGACGUGGAGAUAAGAGAACUGGUCACAGGUGUGUUGUGGAACCUGUCGUCAUGUGAUGCCCUGAAGAUGCCAAUCAUCCAGGAUGCCUUGGCCGUUCUGACCAAUAGUGUUAUCAUCCCUAACUCCUCCUCCUGGGACUCCUCCCACAAUCUCCAUGAUGACCGCAAGCAACACACACACAGUUCCCAGGUGCUUCGCAACGCCACCGGCUGUCUCAGGAACGUGAGUUCUGCAGGAGAGGAGGCCAGGAGGAGGAUGAGAGAGUGUGACGGACUGACAGACGCUCUCCUCUACGUCAUACAGACCGCUUUGGGCAGCAACGACAUUGACAGCAAGACCAUAGAGAACUGUGUGUGUAUCCUGCGUAACCUGUCCUACCGACUGGCAGCGGAGACGUCCCAGGGCCAACAGCUGGGUUCAGAGGAGCUAGACGGUCUCCUGUGUGAUGCCAACGGACGUGACGGAGAGACCUCAGGCUGCUGGGGCAAGAAGAAGAAGAAGAAGAAGGGACAGGACCAGUGGGACGGUGUAGGUCCUCUCCCAGACUCAGCUGACCCUCCUAAAGGAGUCCAGAUGUUAUGGCACCCGUCCAUAGUGAAGCCCUACCUCACCCUGCUGUCAGAGUGCUCCAACUCUGAUACACUGGAGGGGGCGGCUGGAGCGCUGCAGAACCUGGCUGCAGGCACCUGGAAGUGGUCAGUGUAUAUCCGGGCAGCGGUGCGUAAGGAGAAGGGUCUUCCUAUCCUGGUGGAGUUGUUGAGGAUAGACAAUGACCGUGUGGUGUGUGCCGUGGCCACCGCGCUCAGGAAUAUGGCCCUGGACGUCAGAAACAAAGAACUGAUAGGUAAAUAUGCCAUGCGUGACCUUGUCCACCGGUUACCGGGAAGCAGCAAUAGCAGUACUGGGGGCAGCGGUGGGACUAGCUGCGGUUCCGGGGGUCCACUAGCGCCCAUUAAGACCAUGUCAGACGAUACGGUAACGGCUAUUUGCUGCGCUCUGCAUGAGGUCAUCACUAAGAACAUGGAGAAUGCCAAAGCACUGAGAGACGCCGGCGGGAUAGAGAAACUCAUCGGCAUCGCUCGCAGCAAAGGAGACAAACACUCAGCCAAGGUGGUGAAGGCAGCCUCUCAGGUGCUCAGCAGUAUGUGGCAGUACAGAGACCUACGCAGCCUCUACAAGAAGGAUGGAUACUCUCAGUAUCACUUUGUUGGUUCUGCCUCUACGAUAGAGAGAGACAGACAGAGACCCUACUCCUCCUCUCGCACCCCUUCUGUGUCCCCCGUACGAACCUCACCCAACAACCGCUCAGUUAGCGCACCGGCCUCUCCCAGAGAGAUGAUGAGUAUGAAGGAACGCAAGACCGAAUACGACUCCACAGCAACCAACGCAGGUUUCCACGACAACAAAGGAGAACAUACCUCCCGAAAAGACACCAUGGCAGUCAGAAUCUCCUGUGGAACAUCCACGUUGUUCCGGAACUCUUAUGUUACUACUAAUGACGAGAUCGAACACAACCAGAUCCCUCCCCAGCCCAUGGCCCCUCAGGCAGACUGCUCCUCUACACCUCUAAAAGACUACGACACGUUCCCUCCAUCCCUCCCUCCCUCCUUCCCCCCUCCGCAGAACCCUGGCCGCAUGCUGGAUGACUCGUUCUUCGAGCCUCCAGAUCAGCCACUCCCCCAGCCCCCGUCUCAGGCCGCCACAGACCUCCGGAUGCACCUUGGCCUUAAGUCCACUGGCAACUAUGUGGACUUCUACUCUGCAUCCCGGCCCUACUCCGAACUCAACUACGAGACCAGCCACUACCCGGCUUCACCUGACUCCUGGGUCUAA